UCUCAUCAUUCCUCCACUGUACUUUCACCUGACUAAACAUGUGGACUAUUAUUGUCUUGGCAACUGCUAUAUUAACUACCGCUACUGCGUUGGAAAAUGUGGUGCCUUACCAGUACUCCUAUUCUUAUCCUCAGGACUACAUGAGCAGCGCCACCUACAACGGCUGGAGAACACCAACAAAGGGCUCCUCAAAGAGUUUCCAGCACAGAUUGUUAGAAACGUUCUCCAGCCUGUGUCCUGACUGUCUGAAGACUGACGGAGUAGACGAGGUCACCGAGAUUCCUAUUUUAAAGGAUGCCAUCGAAUAUACAUACUUCCAUAUCAUAAAGCCCAUUAUAAAAGUAUUGGUGCACAAUUUUGGAAUUGAUAAAGAAGUGAUAUACACAUCUACUGUUAGCGUUUGUGAUAGAAACGAGCGUGAUAUGGACACUAUGGAAUUAGGUGAUGUACUGCAAAUGAUUUGCUCUGAUAUUAAACAGACAGUGGAGAAAGGGUAUUUGUAAAUCCAAGAUUUUGGUAACUGCCCGACUUUUGAGUUUCAAAAAGUACGUUUGAAUAAAUAAGUUGUUCUAUCUGAAAU